AAUACAUGUUCUUUCUGUCAGGAUGCAGACAACAAGGUGGAGCGGACCUGGGGCGACUGCAGCGUCCAGAAGAAGUACUCCCACGUGGACCUGGUGGUCAUGAUUGACGGUUACGAUGGGGAGCGGGGGGCCGUGGUGGCCGGCAGCAGAGGCUACUUCCUGAAGGGCCCCCUGGUGUUCCUGGAGCAGGCGCUCAUCAGCUACGCUCUGAGGAUCCUCCACAGCAAGAACUACACCAUGCUGUACACGCCCUUCUUCAUGAGGAAGGAGGUCAUGCAGGAGGUGGCUCAGCUCAGCCAGUUUGAUGAAGAACUCUACAAGGUCUGCGAACCGCCACCACUUCUUUUGCUUUUUAUUUAUAAAACUGAAGAGUUUGUAUGAAAACAUGGUGUCUAA